AUGAGUUUUUUGAGUGGUGUAGUAGAGGGUUUUUAUGGCCGGCCAUGGACUAUGGAACAGAGGAGAGAACUUUUCAGGAGGGAACAGAAAUGGGGGUUGAAUGCAUAUCUAUAUGCUCCUAAAGAUGACCACAAACACAGAAUGUAUUGGAGAGACCUCUAUACUCCACAGGAGGCUGGGGAACUCCAAAAUCUCAUUGCAUCUGCAAAUGAGCAUCAUGUGGAAUUUAUUUAUGCCAUCUCUCCUGGACUGGACAUCACUUUCUCAAAUCCCAAAGAAAUGGCCACUCUCAAAAGAAAAAUAGAGCAGGUGUGGGGAUUUGGAUGUAGGUCAUUUGCUGUGCUAUUUGAUGACAUAGAGCCAGAGAUGUGCCCAGCUGAUAAAGAUGCAUUUAGUUCACUAGCCAGUGCACAAGUGCACAUGACCAAUGAACUGUAUAAGCAUCUAAGAAAGCCCAAGAUCUUCCUGUUCUGCCCAACAGACUACUGUGAAACCUUCUGCACUCCCAGUGUUGCUCAAUCUCCCUAUUUGCUCACAGUAGGGGAGAAACUAUAUCCAGAGAUUGAUGUGCUGUGGACAGGUCCAAAGGUUGUAUCUAAAGUGAUUUCGGUCGAGUCGAUUGAAGAAGUGACACAAGUCAUAAAAAGAGCACCAGUUAUCUGGGACAACAUCCAUGCCAAUGACUAUGACCCACAAAGAAUGAUGUUGGGACCAUUCAAGGACCGUCCUGUCGAACUCAUCCCCAAGCUCAGAGGCAUGCUUACUAAUCCCAACUGUGAAUUUGAGCUCAACUUUGUAGCCAUUCACACCUUGGCUACUUGGUGCCAAUCCUACAGCCAUGGUGGAAAUAAUCGAAUUGUCAAAGAUUACAUCCCACAAGAGGCGCUGCAGCUGGCACUCUCUGAGUGGCUGGUAGAGUUCAGUGUUCAAGACCCACUAGGUGGAGGACAGCCAAAGAGGGGAGCUGAUGAGGAGGUGCCCAUGCAAACAGAUGCAUGUUACGUCCCUGGUCCAAGAGAUAAGCUCCUCUUCACAGCUGAACCCUUAACCCUAGAUGACCUCAUACUGUUGUCAGACCUCUUCUACUUACCGUAUGAGCAUGGCCCAACAGCCCUUAAAAUGCUUCAGGAGCUGCACUGGCUCAAAUCCAACAGCAAUUCAGUGGGAUUUGUGCCUGGAAGUUCAGACCGCAACACGGGAAAGGACACUGAAUGGCGUGCCCGAGCAGAAGAAUUUGACAAGAUGUGUGAGGCAGUGGUCCAGAUGUUUAACCGGCUUUCAAAUGUCUCCAACCGGCAAAUCCUGUAUGACCUUUACAACUUCAUCUGUGAUAUCAAGAGUGGUGUGACUAUGGCCAGGGACUUUGUCAAAACUAUAGGUAGACAAACAACACUCUCAGAUCAGCAAAAGAUUGAUGAUCCUGAGCCCUGGGGCUUCAGAGGAGGGGUAUCAGGAGAGUUUCAGAGGAUGCUGCCCAAUCAUGGAUAUAAGGAUGUCUUUCACCACUCCUUUAGGCCCAAAGCCUAUAUUAUUCGGCCCUACACUCAAAGUGAUCAGUCAGCCGUGCAGCAGAUCUCUCAAGAAGUGAUGUGUGAGGAAACUCAUGGAUCUCCAGCCACCAAAGGAGCCAUGUCACUGGGUGACAGGUGA